AAUCGUUUACUUCUAGGCAAUCUUCCGCUAGAUGCGAAUGAAGACGAGCUUGCUGAUUUGUUCGAAGAAAAUGUAGGUGGUGUCAGUUUUGCUCGAUGUGUGAAGGAUCAAGCUACCGGCAUGGGCAAGGGUUUUGCAUUCGUCGUGUUCAAGGCUAUCCCCCUCUUCAGUACCCCUUGCAUUGGGUCUGACUGGUCUCCAGUUUCAAAAGAGGGAGCUCCGAAUUACGAAAGUGAUGAAGAAGGCCAAGGUUGCGGUGAGUUCAUAUCAAGUCUUGUGAAUCUGUCGGUUAAUUUGAUUUCUGUGACGGCAAACUUGCCGAAAUCUCCUGCUUAA